AUGUAUACCACUUGCGGCAAUGUGGCUUCUGCCCGAAGAGUGUUUGAUGAAAUGCCUCGACCGGAUUUACCGUCGUGGAAUUCCAUAAUCAAUGGGAAUGUCAAAGCUGGUUUGCUAAGCAUUGCGCGCGACUUGUUUGAUGGAAUGCCAAGUAGAAAUGUCAUAUCUUGGAGUAGUAUGUUGGAUGGUUACGUGAGGUGGGGUCAGUGUGAAGAAGCAUUGGUGUUGUUUAGUCAGAUGCAAGAGGAAAAUAAAGUUACGCCUAACGAGUACACCAUGUCUAUUUUGCUUGCAGCAUGUGAGCAGUUGGGUUCACUUGAACAUGGGAAAUGGGCUCAUGCUUACGUAUACAAACUUGGGAUGGAUAUUAAUGUUGUACUUGGAACUUCUUUGAUUGAAAUGUAUGCUAAAUGUGGGAGUAUUGUCAGGGCAAGAUUAGUUUUCGAAAAUUUGGGUCCAAAGAAAGACUUAAUGGCUUGGAGUGCGAUGAUCUCAGGCCUCGCGAUGCAUGGUCACUGGGAAGAUUGCCUCCGUUUGUUCUCAAAUAUGGUUGACAAUGGAGUAAGGCCCGAUGAAAUCACGUUCUUAGGUGUACUUUCUGCUUGUGUACAUGGAGGAUUGGUGAGCCAAGGGAAGGAAAUGUUUGAGAGGAUGACUAAAGAGUUUGGUAUUUCUCCUUCGGUUCAGCAUUAUGGUUGUAUGAUUGACCUUUAUGGAAGAGCUGGUUUGAUUAAUGAAGCAUGGAAUCUUGUGAAUACAUUGCCUAUGGAGCCGGAUGUGCUUAUUUGGGGAGCUCUUCUCAGUGGAGCCAGGAUAUGUGGAGAUAUUGAAACAUGUGAAGUUGCACUCAGCAAAAUAAUAGAGCUAGAUUCCACAAAUAGUGCAGCUUAUGUUCUCCUCUCCAAUGUCUACGCUAAGAUGGGUCGGUGGAAAGAUGCUAGGCACAUCAGAAACCUUAUGGAGGCGAAGAGUGUAAAGAAAGUUCCUGGGCUCAGUUCCAUAGAGGUCAAUGGACGCAUUCGCUAG